AUGGCGGACAACAAAGAAAACGACCCCAGCUCCAUCAGCGGCUCCGCCGCUGGCGCUUCGACCAACAACAACUCGAACGUGUCCAAGCCCACCGAGGACCCCAAGACCAAGGGUGGCAUGAACACCAACACCAGCUACUCCGUCCACGACACCCUCGACAGUGUCAUGCGCGGCGGCUGCUCCACCUGCGGCUCCUCUGAGCACGAUACAGUCCGGUGCGACGAGAAGGAUGCGCCUGAGUGCAUGAUGAGCGGUGCUCUGCAGACUGGCAACGAUUCCGCUGCCGCCGCUGACUUCGCCGCUGAGGAUGGUGGUGAGAGCAGGGGACGGAGUCGCACUGCUUAA